AGGGAGGAGGGAGGAGGGAGGCAGCAGGGGACACGGUAACCUGCAGGAGGACUCACAUGGUCCUGCAGCAGCGGCGCGCAGAGCACCGCGGCUCUCCGAACCUCUGACACCCACACUGGGCUUCAGUCUUGCCGUCCUCCAGCGCUUCAUUUCCUCCUUCCCUCGCAUCCCUCCUCCCGCAGCCCAGUGUCGGACGGACUCGGGGCCGGUAAAGCAGCGCCAUGGCUCGGGAGAACGGAGACACCGGCAGAGGAGAGACGUGGAAAAAACAAGUCGACGAUAUUAAGAAGAUUUUUGAUUUCAAAGAAGUCCUCGGAACAGGGGCGUUUUCAGAGGUGGUGCUGGCCCAGGAGAAGCUGACUGGCCGGAUGUUUGCAGUGAAGUGCAUCCCCAAGAAGGCUCUGAAGGGGAAGGAGAGCAGCAUCGAAAACGAGAUCGCCGUGCUGAGGAAGAUCAAGCAUGAGAACAUUGUGGCACUGGAGGACAUCUAUGAGAGUCCCGAUCACCUCUACCUGAUUAUGCAGCUGGUGUCCGGCGGCGAGCUGUUCGACCGAAUUGUGGAGAAGGGUUUCUACACAGAGAAGGAUGCGAGCACGCUGAUCCGGCAAGUCCUGGAUGCUGUUCACUACCUGCACAAGAUGGGGAUCGUACACCGAGACCUGAAGCCAGAGAACUUGUUGUAUUUUAAUCCUCAAGACGAGUCCAAAAUCAUGAUCAGUGACUUCGGCCUUUCCAAGAUGGAGGGCAGUGGUGACGUCAUGUCCACAGCCUGCGGCACGCCAGGAUACGUGGCUCCAGAGGUCCUCGCCCAGAAGCCCUACAGUAAAGCAGUGGACUGCUGGUCCAUCGGAGUGAUUGCCUACAUCCUGCUGUGUGGUUAUCCUCCGUUCUACGAUGAAAACGACUCCAAGCUGUUCGAGCAGAUCCUCAAAGCCGACUAUGAGUUUGAUGCACCGUACUGGGACGACAUCUCAGACUCAGCCAAGGAUUUCAUCAGCAGUCUGAUGGAAAAAGAUCCAGCCAAGCGUUUCACCUGCGAACAGGCACUCAGACAUCCCUGGAUCGCUGGGGAUACAGCUCUCUGCAAGAACAUUCAUGAGUCAGUCAGCCGGCAGAUCAGAAAGAACUUCGCCAAGAGCAAAUGGAGGCAAGCGUUCAAUGCCACCGCCGUGGUUCGGCACAUGAGACGGCUGCAGCUUGGCAGCAGCAUGGGGGCCAGCAUGGACUCCUCCAAUCCCCUAAGUAGGCCGAAUCAGACGCAGAAGCCAGGACAAAGCCAGAACCAGGCAGGCCAGAACCAACCAGCUCAGAGCCAAAAUACGGGCCAGGCUGCCCCGGGCCAGAGCACCAACGCCACCGCCAGCAAAAACACUUCCAUAGACAACAACAUAGCAGCUCCCCGCAAGGAAUGUGUUAUUGCACCGGUCACUCCCUGCAGUCUAGCGUCUGCAGCCUCUUCUCCCGCCGCGGGGACGGAGCUGAACCGGCCACAUCCCUCAGCGGUUCCCGCCCCGGUUCUCACGGAAACCAAGUGACGCCAGGUCCCGCGGGGAACCAGCUGGGAGGCCACAGCGCUGUGAGGCAGAGAGACAGAAAGAGACAGAGGACGACACGAGAGGAAGAGGAUCUUCUUCGUCCCUCCCUCUUUUCACUGUACUCCGUCUUGGAUGCGCCCCCCCCCCCAGCCGUUUUCCCGCCCUGCUCCCGGGAGAGCAGAGAACUUUACCUCCACCCCACCGACUCCAGCCACCAUUGCCAUUCUUUUCGCCCGCCGCCCACCAGGAUGACGUGGAGGACCCCAGCAGCAGCACAUCCACUGACUCACUGAGGAUGUUUGUACCUUCAGCUGUGAUUCUGGGUUGUUUAUUGAUCAGUGGGUGGAUCCUAGUCUGAGCAGCAGCUGGUGGUUCACAGUGGAGCUGGUGGGGUCACAUUAUUCAGUGUCAGUCAGCAUCAACUUCCCUCUUGAAUCUGGUCUUUCCUGCACCACUUUAUUUAGCUUUUUCCAACUUAGAUUUGACUGUUGGCAACUGGAUUGUUUUAUUGUUUUUAUUACUGUUCAUUUUAAAGGUGCUGUGUGUAACUUUUAGCAAACAUUGACAAAUUAAUAGUACUACUUUAUUAUAGUUACUGUAAAUAAAUAAGGCCACAGCCAAAAUGAUAGGUCACCUCUAUUCUGGUGUGACAUUUCUCUAAAUUAUGACCCACUGUCCCAUAAUCCUUUUAAUUUCUUCAUGUUUCCUCCAUCAUCAUUAGGAAAACAGAACCCUCAUCCUUUUAUGUCUCAUACUGCAUUUAAGAGGAUUUCUUUAACUUCUCCUUAUAACUGUGUCGAAUGUGACUUCAGUUGUUUACACAAAUUUUACUAAUGUUGCAGCUUGAAAUGGCAAUGAUUUAUCCAUGUAUAAAUGCAACAACACACAGCACCUUUAAGAUCUUCUCUGUGCCCUUACUGGGCUUGUUCGGCUGUUUGUUUGUGCUUUAAGAAGUGCUUUAAAAGUACCAUAUGACUGUUGAGAUGGGGAAACAUGAGUAAGCGCUUUUAUCUGUUUUGCACAGAGAGGGUCAGAUAUGUUGUUUCACACAGAUUAGCUGCCAUCCACAUACGUUUAUCAGACAGAGAGUAGAGAUUGUAAACCUUUAUACGGAUGUCAGAGGCAUUGUACAACUUCUUUAUUGCCCUAAAGUUCUUGAUUUUAUUAUUUUCUUAUUUUAUGAGACUUUUAUAACAAUCGCCAUUAACAGGACACACUGGUUACUAUGAAACAUGCAGCGAGUUUAGAAUGGAGUAGAUGGAUAUGUGUAUUUACUGGAAAACUGCCUCCAGUUGAGAAUGUUGGCGACUAAAGAGAGAUUGCCAUUUGACUUCCCAAACUAAGGAGCUCCAACCAGCGCAAUGUAGUUUGAGAUAUUUAUCAGCCUGCCAAGUGGGUCUUCAGAGUCACAAUCCAACCUGGAGAAGCUGUUCCUGCCGCUGUUCCUUCCCCCUCUAAUGAAGCCAUGAUCUCACCUCCUUGCUGUGUCACGCUGCACCCAGUCCAGAAGUGCUCAGGGAAAACUGCAGCUGCACGGUGCGCUGGCAAACACCACUUUUUGUUUGUUUUCUUAGGCCUGUCAUGGUCCAGGCAUUGCAGGUGGCAUCACGGUUAAUGAUGUAGGACGUUAGUCGUGUCCUUAUCGCGGUGUUGAAGUGACUUGAGCAGUGAAGAUGCUCAGACGAGAACAUAGAUGACCAAGUAGUCUUAUGAGAUUUUGACUACUUGAAAGUUUCAGCUAAUCACCUGGUUUCUAUCUAAACAUCUGUAGGAUCACCGUCUGUCAUUUUGGCUUCUUUGGGUUUUCAUUCAGACGUGUGGAUAAAUCUACAGCUUUGUGUCCCAUUCUUAACCACUCUGCUACUUCAAUGCAACUGUUCCAUUGACUGUCUCUUUUUUCUGACUUUCCUCGAGCGUGACCGUUGUCUCUGAUGCUAAUGGCCUUUCACACACAAGCAGAACUGUACAGCAUCAGGGUGCUCACUCACACAUAUCAGAUUGUCACACAUCUAUUAGAUGCAAUUCUACUGAUCCCUUUAUUGUGAAGUGUAGCCAAAGACUUACGAAGACAAUUUGGUUCAUUCUGCAUUACUUGGUGAAUUAGAUAGAACAAAACUAGUCAGAUGUGAAACUGUUGUAGAAACAAACUAAGACUAAGGGCUGAACUCCAGCUACAAACUAAUCUGGAGCAGUGUGCUGCUGAAGAAGUAUUAUUCAUAGCGCUUGUUUUAUUCUGUGUGGCAUGAAUGUAAAAAUGACAGUAAAUUAUCACUGACCUAAGCUAUCUGGAACUCACUUUUGGCUCACGGCUUCAUUCGGUGUGUUAAGCUCCACUUACCUGGCACUGAAUUUGACUAAAACAAAUCAUGAGGAGAGAUUUGUGAACUCCUUUCUUAUCUUCAUCUCUCAUCUGCAUCUUAGGUCAUUAAAAGCAGCAUUUUCUUCACUCAGUUCUGAAAAAUUGCAGCGUUGAAAUAAAUUUUUGUUCAGAAAUAUUCUAUAUUGUUCUUAAUGUCAGGUAAUUUCAUGAAAACUACAAAUGGCACAAUCAUUUUCAGUUAGGCACUGUAGUCUUCAGCAAACAUUACUGAAGCAGAAGUAAAUCAUGCAUUUGUCUGGCACUUUUGUCAGCGGUGGAGACACGUUUCGUGCUCGAUAAAGUAUUUACAGCAGCAGGAUGGUGAAUGCGAGACUGAUGAAAAAAUGAAAAUAAAGAGUUUUGUGGCUUUGAUGAAUGAGAUAUCAGGUUUUGGAUACACAAAGAAUAUUUGCUAGUCGGGCAAAAUUGAUAUUGCUUGAGAUCAUUUUGGAGAAGAAAAAUGUGGAAUAUCAACAGACCUAUCCUUUGAAGAGAUUUUAGUGGUUGUUUUUCAAAAAUUAUAUUGAAUAAUAUGAUAAAUAUCUGGCAAAGUUCUUAGCACAUGGUUUAACUUACCGCAAGAUUUGCAGCUGUUGCUGAAGUUAUACUUUGAUGAAGAAAAAUGUUCUGUUGACCUAAAGAGUACAGACUGUAUAUAGAAGAUGGACAUAGCCACUGUUUGGUUUGUAGAGUACUGAUUGGAAGCCUUGAGUUUAUCAUUUAGACUGUUGCCAUCUUGGUCUUUUGAAAACCGACCUGAUGAACAUCAAGUUGUAAAUGUCUGACUGAGAACUUGAAGACACUUCACAGGCCAAUAUGGUAGCAACUUGUCAAUCACAAGAUCACACCCCAAAACAUACAACAAUUUAUCGUCCUUUUUCUGCUAAUCAAGAUCCUAAUUUUCAAAAUGAGCAUCACGCUGCAUUAAAGGAGAUUUGAAACUAGUGACUGAGACCAUAAAGUCAUUAGGAAAAUGUUUACUGAUGUAGCAAAUCAGUUGAGAAUUAAGGUCAUUGUGUCAUAGAUUUCCAUACAAUCAAUUUUCUUUUUGCAUCCAGUGGAGGUGCCCCCUGAUGGCUGUUAGAAACAACGUUGAUUUUAGGUCACUUUUUAGACCAGGAGGCUCCGUCUUUCUUUAAUAUACAGUCGAUGUGAAAGAUGCUACUGAAUUGGAUUAUGGGAUAUGUAGGAUCCAGCAUUUUUGAAGCUUGAUUCACACUAGAGACAAAACUCUAAAACUAAAUCUCUAAAACUAGAGACUUGUCUGCUUUGACCAGUUUUUUGUUUUUCAAUUUUGUGGGAAUGCCCUAGCUUUAUGACAGUGCAAUGUUUAAGUGUUGGAAUACACCUUUAAGGGAUGGAUAACUUUAAAAAAGAUCUCUAUUUAUACUGGAACUGUCCUUUAACAGAACACGCCAUUCAUACACACACACACACACACACACACACACACACACACACACACACACACACACACACACACACACACACACACACACACACACACACACACACACACAGAGAGAGAGAGAGAGAGAGUCUGCUUCACUGUUAUUUGCUUUACUGGAGCAGACAUCCUGAACCUUGCAGACGUUGCUACUAUGGAGCUUUUUGGUUCUUAUGGAGAGCAGAUUUUAGAUCCACUAACAGAAAACUCUCUAUGCAUGUUGUCCCAGCAACAAAUUCAGUCUGAACAGAUUUUAAGUGAAAUAAAUAGGGUACACUUUAGUUUUUUUUUUUUUAAAGGGCCAGUUAGCCUGAUUUAUUUAAUUUCAACUGUGCUUGUGUCAAAGCAAUCAAAUCUCUGUGUUUCUUACUGAACUGCAGCACCCACAUGUCUCUGCAUGAGUGCAUAGUUAAGCUUUCAGAAAAUGUAUAUAUAUUCUGAUGUUUUUACAGUGGGCUCUUGUGUUACAUUUGUCUGAGAGGAAACUAACCUAACUCUGAGGUCAGUCUAUGACCAUGAAGGGAACUUUCAAUCAUGUAAGGGCUUUUUUCAGAUCACCUUAAUCUGAUUAUUCACUGUAUACGUCUACCCAUCGAUUGCUAUGCAUUUUUUAAGCAAGUGUGUUGUCAAUGCUUUUCAUGAAAGUGUGAUCAGGAAAUACAAAGGAACCAUCAGCAGCAAGUGCAAACUCUGAAACUCUGUCUCAUCUAAGACGAUUUCAAACUGAUUAUCUUGACUAUUACUGACUCGGCUACAUUGUGAACGUGCUGCAACAGGUGGAGAUGUUAAUGAAACCAACACUGUAAGAAUCAUUAAAUGUGAUGGCGUCCACUUUGGUCUGGACAAUUGGGUUUACGAAUUUGCUGUGAGGCAGGCAGAGGGUUCAGGUUCAUGCUCCUCUGUGGUUUUACAUCUGUUGUUUUUGUUUGCUGAAGAAACAUAGAAUUUCCAUGUUAAAGUCACUACUGUAAAUAGAUUGUGAAUAUGAAUGAUCAUUUUCAAGAUAAUAUUUACGAAUGUUUUGCUGUUCAGGCAUAUGUGAGUGAGCAAGUGAGUGAGCGUGUCGAGGGAAGUUGAUUGUAUUCUCUAUGGAAUGUUUAAUGUAUAAAAAAAAAGUAAAACAAAAAAGAAAAAGCUAAAGUCCCCUUUAUUCCCCGACUGCUUUCAGAAACUGUCCAGCAGCAUGUGACUGUCAACUGCAGAGCUGCUCAGCGCGGUUUCAUACCAUCAGUGUUCCACCUCCACUUCAGUGUCAGUCCGACUGCAAGUGAAAGCAUCGUUUACUGAACUCAGGCUUACAUUUUUGCCAUUCUAAAGGAAGAAAUCCAAAGCUGUGACCGACUCAGAAACACACUGUUAUGGACGUAGGGGAAACGACGGGCCGCUCUUGUCCGCUGCUUCCCCUUUGAGCUCACACUCCUCUGACCUUUUUUUAAUGAAGAUGCCGCUGAAGUGCACUGUCAUGAAAAAAACACAAGCAUGUUGAAAAAAGUGCUACAAGAAUUCAGUUUCACCAUGAGUGUUUGCAUAAUCUUAUAUGCCCUUGUAUGACGUUAUUAUCUCUGUAUUAUGUAAAGACUUGCACAGGUUGAGACACCCGAGUCCUCAAACAGCUGCCUGGAAGUGUUUCAGUUGUACAAACUUGCAAAAUCAUCUGUUACUAACUACCUGGCAUUGAUGCAUUAAAAGAUACUGUGUUCCAAGACAGUACUGUAUUUAUCAAUAUGAAAGAAACUCUAAUGCGAAUUUAAGAGUAGCUAAAGUCCUCGUAGGCCUUAAAAAGUCUGUAGAGUGACUGUCUGCUCAUUCUCUACACACAUUAAUGGCAUAAACAGGAUUUAUUGAUACUUGUUUGUGGCUUUUAAAAGCUUUUAUUGUACCAAAUUGUGAUAAUAAAAAAAUAAUCUAUGAAAGAAAAGUAUUUUUUGAAGUUGUGUCUAGUACCAGCUGUGUAGGAGUUGAUUUCCUUUAGCAUGCAGGUGCUUGCAUUCCUAGCUGUGGCCACUAAGACAAGAUGGAUACACAGCUAACACUUUCCUAAGGCAAAUGUGGCAAAAAUAUGAAAUACAACUAUUCAAGACUUUAACAUUUUCAUUCAUUUAUGAUCUUAAAAUCUAUUGUUAGCUGUAGCCUUUUGUUGCUCGUAAAUUUAGCUCAGUUUCAUAGCUAAUCACAUUUUGUCAUCGCUAUUCUCAUCCCAAAAAGGCAAAGACUAUUAAGUAUGGCGCCUGUAGUGAAUUGCCAUGUAUUUUAAGUAAGCUACUGAGUUAGCGGGAUAUGUCAGGGCUAAUUUUUCCUGCACUGGCUAAGUUCUAUAUCUCACGGUCCACUGCUGCCUUCAAAUGGAACUCUUGGGCUACUGAUUAUGACAUAGAAAGUCGUGUUCAAGUAGUAACAGUCGCCAUAAGUUAUAAGAACAUCGCUUCUGCUACGCAACGGCAGCACAACUUUGUGCACAUUCCAACCCACGAGAUCUGCCACUGCUGUUUUCAUGUGAGAUAAACUACAUACUCUUGGUUAGUUACUGUACUUCUGAAUGGCCCUGAAACACUCUUGGUCCCAUCUUGACACUGAUUGGUUAAAGUCAAAGAAGCCAAACUCAGAGAGGACAACAUAUCCCAUUUUUCUGCCUGCUUGAUGUCCUCCUUGAGUAGCAGUCUUCUCUCUAGCAUUGCAACAUAAAAUCUGCCACAUAGCAGACUCUCCAUUGCUCUAUUUCCUGUGCGCUCACAGUACUGGAGUUGCAUAAAGAAGCGAUUGUUUGUUGUUGAACACUCAGAGGAAACUUUGUGGUCGAAUCUGUUGGAUCCAACACUGCAAAACACAAAAUCCAUUUAUCAAGCUAAUAAUGUAGUACACAAACUGCAAAUGUAUAAUGAAAAGAUGAGGCUAUUGGGAAUAUUGUAAUUUUCUCAGACAAAAAAUUACAAUGAAAUCCUCUCAACAGGUAAAAUUAUAACUUAUUACUUACCAUCUAUUGCAAAAUGACCUUCCACAGCCUCCACCAGUUAUAAAAUCAUAAACAUGUCACAACCCAUGAACUCAGAACUUGUUAGAAAAUGUUCACUUCGGUGAAUACCACAGGAGGUUUGCAGUCAUGUGGACUUUUCCCUCGAACACGGUGAACUCGACUUCCAUUUGAAGGCACCAUGUGAUAAACAAGGAAGUGACUGUCCUUACAUGCAAGUGUUCAUGAUUGUCACCAACUGAAAUUAAACUUGGAGCGAUGUUUCACGCUCUGAAACUUUGCCAUUGAGAUGUGUUUGUAGAACUGAAACUGAGUUCAUGCUGCCUGUUGGACUCGGGUGUCUCCCUGUGGGUGUCCUCGUCCAGAGCCUGCUGAGUCAGCUGGCUGUAUUUACUCUCUGCAUGUGACCACAGAACUCCCAUCCUGUGCACCGUCGUCAGGUUGGCGACGCCCUCGUCUCAGAGCGGGCACCGCCUGCCGCACUUAUUGUGGUGUGAUGAUGAUGAUGGUGAUGGUGAUGACUUUCUGUUAAUGGGGCUUGUAUAUCAGAUGCCUUCGACAAUCAUGUGCACAUAUCAGAGUUACCAUGACGACACAGGCCAGAGCGACUGAUUGUGUUUUGUUUGUCUUUUCUCCUGGAAUAAAUCCUGAAUGAUCGUAUCAAGUUUUUGUGCGUGCAUGCAUGUGUGACUAAACAAGCCGGGCUGAUUAGCGCCACUGGGUCUCACAAUGAGGACUACAUUCCUAAAAACACGUGUCCAUGUGUGUGUUUGGUCAGGUGCUGGCUGUACCUGUGGGGACCAAAUGUCCCCACAACUGUAGGAAGACCGAAAACAAUGUCUCUUGUGGGGACCUCAUUUCGGUCCCCACAAGUUUAAACAGUGUUUUCUUGGCCAUGUUGUUGUUACUGAAAAAAGUAAAAGUGCAAAAGCAUUUCUUUAGGGUUAGGCAUUGUUUUGGUCUGGGUUAAGGUUAGGGUUCGGGGUUAGAUAUGAAUGGGAGUCAAUGGCAAGUCCCCACGGGGAUAUAAGAACCAGACGUGUGUGUGUGUGUGUUCUCAGUAUUUCAACACUCCAAAAUCCAUACAUGAUAAGAAGCAGAUGCCAGAUGCUCUUGACCAGGUCAACCGACAUUUAGCCUAAAUGUGCUGUUGAGCAGAUGUUUAGCCGACAGAAGACAGAUGUUGCAACCACUGGAGGCACAUGUUGCUCUUAUUAGCACAUGCUGGAAAACACACGUGGACAGAUGUCCACGUGUGCUGUAUAAAAGCACAGGUUUGACUCUGGUUGACAGUUGAGUAUCUCCAUUAAAUGAUUGUGUGGUUGCAGCUAAGAGUUCACAAAGAGGUCAGAUAAAACAAAGCUCAACCAUUCAUUCUGCUUCUUUUCAGUUUUGAUUGUGUUCUUUGCAGCAUUGCCGAAACUUAUCAGACACUCCACAGCUGUAGCAAAUGAUUCACUGAAGCAGGUAUUGAUUAGGUAUUGGCUAAAAUAAGCAGAUUACCCUUAAGACACCUCAACAACCAGUGGAUUGAUUAUGAUGACAUUUUCUACAGACAUUCAUGGUUCCCAGACUAUAAAUUUCUCUGACUUUUAAUUCAGCAUCACCUUGAGACUGACUUUUGUGAUUUGAAGUUAAAAAUCUCAUCAACCUUUGCUUUAUGACCAAAUACCUACUGCAUGUCAGACUCAAGUGAAAUGUUGUUCUGUGCUAAUUAAGAAAUGUAAACGUCUAAAGUUAACAAUAAAAAACAAAAACUCUAACUCUAUUCUAUAUAGAUAUAGUUAUUCUAAUAGAAUAACUAUUUGUUGUUCCAACGCAUGCAUAUCUGAAACAGAACUGAACAACCAAAUGUACUCCAUACUAGAAAUGACAAAGGGCCGAUUGAUAGUAAGGUGAUGAUAUUAACAAUAAGUGUGUCCACAAUUACUACACAUUGACAGAAAAUUAAUGAGGUUUUCAAUGGUUUGUGGACUUUUAUCCCAUUGCUCCUGAAGGACUUGAUGAAGUUGAUGGACAUUUUUGUGGACAGGAUCAUGUUGUUGGACAUCCAGAGCAUCAUGUGGCGGAUUGUCUGUUGUACUGUUCUGACUGAAAUGAUAUUUUAGUCAAUAAAUAGUGGAGUUGUGGA